AUACGUCCUUGACCACUUGCAGGUCGAGCGAUGACUCGACAAUAGCCCAUAGCACACCGUAUGCGGUAUGCCAGUACGCGCGCAGAUGAGAACCCAUAGAGAACGCAUGAGAGAGUCAUAAUCAUGAAGGGGAGAAUAGAGGGUUAGCACAGGAAAACUAUUUUUAUUCUUCAGUUACCCUACUGAUCACUCACGUUUGCAGGACUGGAUCGGGUGGUUAUAUUUGAAUCUCGUAAAAUGAAUAAACAGGAGAAAGUAUCUCAAGUACGUGUUUAUGAGAGCAGUACUAUGGUGGACAGUUGCAGCUCAUCGGAAGAUAUCAUAGUGGAUACCUCACGUGGUACAUGGAAUGGUCGGUUUGAAUUCCUCCUUUCGUGUGUUGGGUUUGCAGUUGGACUGGGCAACAUAUGGCGGUUUCCAUACCUAUGUAUGCGAAAUGGUGGAGGAGCUUUCCUCAUUCCGUAUUUCUUCUUCUUGUUCGUCUGCGGGAUUCCCCUUUUCAUCAUGGAACUAUCGAUCGGACAGUUUGCCAGUUCUGGACCAACUAGAGUGUUCAAUAUCUGUCCUCUCUUUAAAGGUCUUGGCUGGGGAAUGGUCGUGGUGAACGUGAUGGUUGUUUUGUAUUACCAAACCAUCAUUACCUGGACGCUAUACUACCUCGGUAUGUCAUUCUACGGCUUUGCUGACAGGCUUCCAUGGGCCAACUGUAACAACACUUGGAACACGGAGCAAUGUCGUAUGAAUGGGACUUCUGCCUGGAUAAAUGAAACAUACAUGAAUGCAACAAAUUUGACAGAUAUUGGAAUAUUUUAUCAGUCGGAGAAUAUGUCCACGGUGUUAGAUAAUGUCACCAUUGUGAAUACUUCGAAGACUAUGUCACCAUCAGAGGAAUUUUGGCAGUACAAUGUGCUGGAGCUGACCGAUGGCAUUGAGACACUUGGUGGCUUUCGAUGGCAGCUCGUCCUCUGCCACAUCUCUGGCUGGGUCCUCCUCUUCGUCUGCCUAUUCAAGGGGAUCAGGUCGACAGGAAAGGUUGUGUAUGUGACUGCUACUGUCCCCUACCUCUUCUUGACAAUCCUACUGAUACGGGGCUGCAUGAUGCCUGGAUCUCUCAAUGGCAUCAAAUACUACAUCACCCCCGACUUUAGCAAGCUCUUAAAUCUAAAGAUAUGGGCAGAGGCCUGUCUCCAGAUUUUCUACUCUCUUGGACCGGCCUGGGGAGGCAUGAUUACUUUUGCUAGUUACAACGAGUUUCAUCACAACUGCUACAGGGAUGGUAUCAUCGUUCCUCUGGUUAACUGUUUCACCAGUUUCUAUGGGGGAUUUGUCAUCUUCGCGGUUGUCGGCUUCAUGGCCCAUGAAGCCGGGGUGGAUGUUCAGGAUGCAAUGACUUCAGGACCAGGCUUGGCAUUUAUUGCCUAUCCUGAAGCACUGACCAAGUUUCCUCUUGCUUCCUUGUGGUCUGUCCUCUUCUUCCUUAUGCUGUUGACACUUGGACUGGACAGCCAGUUCGCUUGUUCUGAAUGUAUUCUCAGUGGUGUUGUCGAUCAAUUCCCGGAAUUCUUCAGCCGUGGCAAGCACAGGAAGCAAUAUCUGCUUGUUGUAUUUGUGCUGGCAAAUAUAUUGAUAGGAUUACUCUUCUGCACCAGGGCUGGGAUGUACUACUUCCAGAUUUGGGAUUGGUUCUCUGCUGCAUUUUCUAUCCUACUGAUUGCUGCCCUGGAAAGCAUGGUUGUUGCAUGGGCUUAUGGAUCAGAUAGUCUUCUUCGAGACAUCAGCUGUAUGAUCGGAUAUAAACCACUCCUUCUUCGUGGCUUCAAACCAUUCUGGUGUUUUGUCAUUCCAUUCCUGAUGCUGUUCUGCUUGGUGUAUUCUGCAGUGGUGUUCAUUACUCCAUCCUAUGGCGUUUACUACUUCCCACCGUGGGCAGUGUGGCUUGGUUGGACACUAAGCCUUUUCUCUACUCUGCCUAUACCUGCUUUCAUGAUCCAGGAAAUUAUGCAAAGAAAGGGAACAUUUUUGCAGCGACUUCGUCAGAGCAUCAAGCCCGGCCCAGAAUGGCGACCACGUCUUGCCAAACAUAGGAAGGAGUAUGAUUUCUUCACUGCCAAUGAGGAGAACUCGCCUAGUGAAAGUCGUUCAACUUCUCAAGAGAGUGAUAUCAUGUUCAAGCCAAUUGAGAUGGGAUUGGUUGAUAACUUGAAAUAAACGAAAAUACAUGUACAGUAUGUGCAUAUUGCAGCAUAAUUUCAAUAAAUGAAGACUUCGAUUAGUUAACUCCUCCAGUGCCUGACGAUUUUCCAAAAAUGACCAGCUUUUAAUAGCUCACCUGUAGUAAGCUUAUACAGAACUUGUAACUGCUGUGACUGGAUGCCCCAAAUUAGAGUGCAUUGUCUCCUGUCCCUUUUUAUGAUUCAAAAGUUAAGUCGGAGAUUAAACAAAGUAUUUUAAAGUGUUGUGAGACUAGGGGUUCAGCAGGCUGUGACCCCUCCCUUUCCCACCAUUGAGGCAUGGAAUGGAAUAAUAGAACAGUACGGUUGUUGAAAGCACAGGAAUAAAUGUGAUUUAUAAAAAGAUUUAAACAAGUGGGUCUCAGACUCGUCCUUAAACCUGACAGUGAAAUGUAUCACCCACUUUUAGCACCAGAAAAAUUCACAGAGAUUAACGUGCCGCUUGGCUGCGAAACACAUGAAUUCAGUUUUUGAGUCAUGAAACAUCAGUUGGUGUAGGGUAAACCAAGACCGUAGGUCAUUGACAGCAUUGACAAGGGAAUCCAAGGCCAGAGAGACGGCUGGUAGAUAGGGGUCAGAGAACGUGUAGAAUCCUUGUAAUCAGCACAAUUAUUUGGUUUGAUGUACAAAUUGCGUCCAUGAUAUCCUGAGUUGGAGAUGUGUAAACAUUGAAGAGUAUGGACCCAAUAUGGACUCCUGUGGGACGUGCACCCUGUUGGAUUCUGAGUUGCCUAUGCGCAGAGAUUGGCUCCUGUCUGUCAGAUAACUGUUAAACCAUUUAUGGGAAGUGCCGGAUACACAAAACACUCUUCUAAGAUGUGUGGCAGGAUUCGCUUGUCAAUGUUGUAGAAUGCUGCUGCUGAUAAAUCUAAAAUCGCUAUCAAGCAAAUGCAGCCACUGAUGUCAUUUUGAACCCUAGCGCUGUCUGGGUACUAUGAAAACGUUUGUAUGCCAAUUGCAUAACUUCAUCCAAGAAGCGGUAGCAAAAUAUUCCUAGAGGCAUUUGACGACCAACUUCUCCAGAAUUUUACUUAUGAAUGACAAGUUUGUAGCUGGUCUGUAGUUAUUUCAAAGUUUACAGUGCUACCUCUUAUCAUACAGCCUACACUACAGGGUAUAGAGCAGAUGUUGUUUGUGGAUAAUGAUUUAAGUAAUGAAUUAUUUAACCUAUUUCAGCCAACAUCGGGAACGUCUGGCUGUUGGUGUGAAACAACUUAUUCAGUUUUCAAUUUAAUAUUAUAUUGCCAUUAAUAUGGAGCUUUAUAAUGCUUGAUGAUAUUCAUCUGUUGGCAAAUCACUUGUAUCAGGUGCUCUUAAUAAAG